GCAUUUAGGGGACGUGGGCGGGGACGAGGAUAUGGAGGUCGUGGUGGUGGUUUUGGCUAUGCUAAGCAGGAGCCAUUUGAGAUCUUUCCUGAAAUUGAAUUACCUGACAGUCAAACUAAAGAGGUUCCUGAAGAUAAAAACUUAAUUAUUUGGAAUUCAAGACUGCAAAAUUAUUGGAAAUCCUCUCCUUACUUUCUUGAAGAUAAUGUUUCAAAGGAGAGCCAAAGCAUGGGCAUCGAGAGAUAUACUGACAUAGGGAAGCCAAAGAUCACGUCAAGACGCAAGUCGCUUUAUCAAUUUCUACAGCUCGGAUAUCAUAAUUUUCCUAAAGAGCUCAUUGGAGAAUCAAGGAGGGAGCAGCGACAUUUGAAAAAAGUACGUUGGCAUCCAGAUGCAGACCUGCAGAAAUUAGACCUUUUCGAGAAGCUUGAACAGAAGCAUCAGGGCCAAGAGGAUAAAGAUGGGAAGGAAAAGAAAGAAGGUGAAGAUGAGGAUGAAGAUGAAGAUGGAGGACCCGAGGACGAAGAGGAAUACAGUGACGAUGGAGAUUAUAAUCAGAACAUUGAUUUUGAUGAUGAUGAAGAUGAUUACAACAUGGAAGAUGAUAAUGAUGACGAACCUAUACUUUAGUUGCUCUGCAGCAAGUUUUGGCCUGACUGCUACGAGGUAGCUUGUGGAUACAGAAUUCCAUUCAGAAAGGUGCUUUCCUCAUGAGUUGAUUUUUUGGAUAGAAAAUUGGUAGUUGUAAAGGGAGGGAUAAGGGUUCUUGCAAAGAACUUACUAUCAAAAGAUCACAAGUUUUUAUUUCAAAAAAGAAAAAAAAAAACAGAAGAUAUCGUAAGUUCACUGUCAUGGUUAAAGUACUUACUCUUGGUAUUCUUUUUGGUUAAUUUUCCGUUAGUAAAAAA